AUGGUGAAUAGGUACUUCUUGAAGAAGCUCAAGAAGGUCAAGAAGAGUAACGGUCAGAUGCUCGCCAUUAACGAGAUCUUUGAAAAGAACCCGACAACGAUCAAGAACUUUGGAAUCUGGUUGAGGUACCAGAGCAGAACUGGAUACCACAACAUGUACAAGGAGUACCGUGACACUACCUUAAACGGUGCCGUUGAGCAGAUGUACACCGAGAUGGCGUCCCGACACCGUGUCAGGUUCCCUUGCAUCCAGAUCAUUAAGACAGCGACUGUUCCGGCCAAGCUUUGCAAGAGGGAGAGCACCAAACAGUUUCACAAUAGUAAGAUCAAGUUCCCGUUGGUGUUCCGUAAGGUGAGACCACCAACCAGGAAGCUCAAGACCACCUACAAGGCCUCUAAGCCCAACUUGUUUAUGUAA